AUGGCCGCGGCCCGCCACGUCCAAUAUUCUACUCCUCCUGCCGGCCGGCCGGCCGGCAGCGGCGCCGGCGCUCCUCGUCCACCGCCCGUCACCACCGCAGUUGUUCCAAAAUUCCAGUACUUUCAAUUGUUUGUUGAUCACAAAGACAUGGCCUUUGACAGUGUAAUUGAUACUAUUCAUGUUAGUGGUACACCUGAGCUACCUCCUGUACUAAGCCCUAAAUCUCCUGGGUUUAGCAGUGGAAUAAGAGGAAGUCCCAGGUUUAAGGUCGAUGAGGCCGACGAGCCCCAUGGCGACAGGAGAUGCAACAAGGUAAACGCCGAUGAGCCUAACGACGACAGCAACCUAAAGCUUGUGGAUUUGCGAGUGUUGAAGACGGCGACGACAACUCCACUAACUCCACUAGGAAUACGACCGCGGCGGCUUCUUCUUCGUUGUUUCUCUGGUGGAAGACCCGCGCCUGCGACACCGCGGCAGCAGCGGCGGCUGUCCAGUGGGUCGUCCCUGCUCACUUGGCAGCAGCGGCGGCGGCUACAAAUCUUCUCCAGCCUGGGUCAUCUCCGUCACCAACGCCUACAGCCUGGGGUGCAGAGUAGAGCAACAGCAGCACGGGCAGGGUCAAGGAGCAGCAGCACAGGCAGCUCAGUGGAGCAGCAGCAGCACGGGCAGGGUCAGUGGAGCAGCAGCAGUACGGGCAGGGUCAGCGGAGCAGCAGCAGCACGGGCAGAAACCACCGGCGACAGGGGAGAAGCAGCCGCACGGGUGCGUGGGCAGGGGAGAAGGAGCAGCACGGGUGCGCGGGCGUGGGAGAUCGACGAGGUCGCGCUGGAGAUUGAGGAUCACGUGCGCGUGCUCCUGGUCCACCGGAUCGUGGAGGCAGCCUCCGGCGACGCCGGUAGGAGAUCACGGCAGCGCACGCGCCGGAGCUCGAGGAGGACGCGCGGGAGCACGAGGAAGACGUGCGCGGGCUUGAGGAGGAUGCGGGCGAGCUCGAGGAGGAACGCGCAUGGCCUCGAGGAAGACGUAGUGGGAGAUUCCGGCGACGCCGCGGGUAAUCGCAGCGGGAGGGUACCGCGGCGGCGCAGAUCUGGGCUGCAGCGGUGGAGGAGGUAA